GUACAAAGUACAAUUAUAAUUGUGUGGGAUAUUCUUCCUUGGCUUUGGGAUCUUUCUGGAAGGUGGUUGGAACAUGCUGGGUACGGGACUGAUUAUGAGGAACGUCAUGGUUUCAAUAAAAUGACUUUGGGCUUAUUUUUCAUGGAUAUGUUAAAAGGAUUUUUAAUCGCUGGGGUCAUUGGACUUCCGAUCCUGGCUUUAGUCUUGCAGAUUAUUAGAUUGUCUGGCGAUAACUUUUAUUUUUAUGUCUGGAUUUUCAUGAUAAUUUUUAAUUUAGUGUUGCUUACUAUUUACCCUACGCUCAUUCAACCUCUUUUUAACAAAGUUGAACCUCUUGAAGAAGGAGAACUUCGUGAGCGAAUCGAAGAAUUAGCAUCCC